AUGGCCAUUAAGGUCCUCUACAUCCCGAUACUAGGUGAGUAUGUCAGACGGCUUACCUUUAUCUCUGGACUACAAGAUACGAACGCGAACCUGUGCUUGUUUAUGAGGAUUUUGUACACUCUGCUGCCGAGCGAUAUUAGGUUCGACCCGGCAGAGCGCGAUUUGGCUUGGUACUUCCUAGAGAUACAGUACAAAGCGGUGUACUGGUUGGUUAGGAUGUUUGGUUUCAGAGUACUACCGCCCCCACUAAGGCCGUUGUUCGUAACAUAUUACGGUAGGGCAGUCCGCUCUGCAUCAUUUGUUCAGGAAGCAAUUCUCAACGACUCUGUGAAUCAGUUGGUGAUCCUAGGGUCAGGUUAUGACUGCUCAGCAUACCGGACUCGCCAACUCCGAAUAACGAAAGAGCGAUACGUUAAAGCCUUCGAAUUGGACUUGGCCGACGUCCAGCAGCGUAAAAUACGCAUGAUGAAGGAGUCGAUGACCGAAGUCGAGUACCAGUACUAUACAGAAGGUGUCAUAUUUGUUCCUUGUGAUUUUGAUAAACAGUCUGUGAGGACAGUCCUGCUGCAGGCUGGACUAGACCCGACACAGUCCGUUGCGAUUCUUUGGGAAGGAGUAACAUACUAUCUGGAUAUGAAAUCGAUCAAGAGUACUUUACAGGAGAUUCAGAACAUCUUCUCGAAAGGAUCUCUUGCGCACCAGUCCAGUAUAAUGUCUCCUUCCAAGCCCUCGUCGGCUCAACCCUCAUUGGUUCAGCCCUCAUCAGCUGCCGCUACGGAUGCCUCCGUUGCCGAUGCCUCUGUUGCCGAUGCCUCUGUUACCGAUGCCUCUGUUGCCGAUUCCUCGACGGUUGAGCGUUUGGUGGAACCGAGUUCCGCUAUGAGACCCAAUGAGGGUUCCCCAGUCUCCGCCGACUCUACGGGCUGUCUAAGUGAAGAUGUGCCCGCGAUGCAGGAAGCAGGGAGUCCGACUAUCUUCCUGUUGUUUGAUUACAUGCCUGCUUGCAGUACAUUGUUGAAAGAGGGGGAACAUGAGUCCUGGUUGUGGAAGCUAGAACAAGACCUCAACCAAGUGGCUGGUACCCCAUUCAUUACGGGCAUUCAGAGUGUCGAGACUCUCUUGAGUGAGUACGGGUUCAAGGUCACUAGAGAAACCUCCCGACUCACGCACGUAGGCAACUUGGCUAAAUACGAUAUGUUGGAUGUAUUCUUUGAGCCUAACUCCACACAAGGCCAUAAUGAACCUAACCUGAUUGUUGUUGAAGCCCAAUAUAAAGUUUUUGUCUAA